AUGUCCGACGACGAGAACCACGAGACCUUCGAGGCUGCCGGGGCUGGUGCGGCCAAGACCUACCCCCUCCAGUGUUCCGCCCUCAGGAAGAGCGGUCACGUCGUCAUCCGGGGCCGCCCCUGUAAGAUUGUCGACAUGUCCACCUCCAAGACCGGCAAGCACGGUCACGCCAAGGUGCACAUGAUUGCUGUUGACAUUUUCACCGGCAAGAAGCUCGAGGAUAUCUCUCCCUCCACCCACAACAUGGAGGUCCCCAAUGUCCGCCGUUCCGAGUACCAGCUUCUUUCCAUUGACGACGGCUUCUUGAACCUCAUGGACUCUGACGGAAACGCCAAGGACGAUGUCAAGGUCCCCGACUCUGACCUCGGCAAGGAGAUCACUGCCGCCUUUGAUGCCGGCAAGGACCUCAUGGUCACUAUCAUCGCUGCCAUGGACGAGGAGCAGGCGAUGUCCUGGAAGGAGGCCCCCGAGGGCAAGUAA